GAACUAUACCAGUCACUGUACGGGGCGAUGCGAUGCCCCGACAAAUCAUGGGCCGUUUGCAUGCCGUGUUUGCGUACCUGCGCAUGUGCUAUGUAGCAAUGCUGCUUGUAUUUGGCCUGGACGGCCUAGAAACCCAUCCGUACGAUAUUAUCUUCUGCGACCAAGUCUCUGCAUGUAUUCCUAUCCUACGUCUGUCGGAGAGUAAGUGUGGUAUCUCUGUGUUGUUUCUGUCUACCAUCAUGCCUGCCUAUUCCUUGACUGGUGGAGCCUAUAGCAACCGCAGUGUACGCGUGUGUACAGCACUCUGCUUGCAGUUGACUGCAUCUUCCUAUGUAUUUAGUUAG